CCGUUGCCUAUCUUUGACACAACUGCUCAAGAUUUAUUUAAACAGCAGGGCACUGGGACCUCGGGGACCCGUGGACUCUACCAUGGGACAUCCUAACACGCCACUGCGUACCCCUAACGGUGAAUGAAUGAUUAUCUCGCAGACCAGCUCUAUCGAUCAAAAAUAGGGUCUGCAUCUGCGUUACUCUUCAUCGGGAAGCAAAAUAACAUUAGAGGUCUGCAUCAUAUACAAAGUUUGAAACCAUGGAGUCUGUUGAACAGCCGUUUGACAGUAUUACUAGGUUGGGUCAGGAUCUACCGGAUACUAAUGACAAGUUGGGACUAAUUGACACUGAUGGUCCACUUAAAUAUGUCAGCAAUGGUGACAGUCCUGGAGCAGAAAUUUCUCCUCUGCAUCAAAUGAAGUCUACAAAUAGUGUACUGUAUGGUCCACAGAACAGAGGGUUGCGUAUUAUUAUAAUUUCAUCCAUUGUAUUUGCUAUGGCUGUCACUGUAGCUCUAAUACUAACAAUUUAUCUUGAGCCUAAGCCGGUCCAUGGUCAUGCUGCUGUAGCAUGUGAUGACAUUCGAUGCAGUGAAAUUGGUUUAAAGGUGCUGAAAGAUGGUGGAAAUGCCGUUGAUGCUGCAGUUGCUGCAACUUUAUGUCUGGCCGUUGUUGACCCAGCACAUGCUGGUAUAGGAGGUGGAGGAUUUUCUUUAGUACAUGAUCACAAAUUUAAAAAAUCCUGGAGCUACAACUUCCUAGAAACUGUUCCAAAACAGUUGGACCUCAGUCCAGAAAACAUUGGGCUUAUAAAUUCUAGCUCAAAGUCAGCGGGAAUUCCUGGGCUUGUAAAAGGAUUGAAUUUAAUGCAUCAAAACCAUGGACGACUUCAAUGGGAUCUUCUUGUGCAACCAGCUAUUGACCUAGCAGAAAAUGGCUUUUUAGUUUCAGAAGAACUGGCCACAGUGUUGGAAAAACAGAGUGAUUUUGAAGACUUCCAGGAUAAAGUUAUGAGUGAUCUUUUCUUGGAUGGUAGUAUGUUCAAAAAGCAAAAUUCUAAUAUAACCUGGAAAAGUCUGGCCAAGACUUUGAAAAAAAUAGCUAGUGAUCCAGAUAGUUUAUACACUGGGAGCUUACUAACUGAUUUCCUUAAUGAUGUUAGUAAAGCCAAUGGUGUAAUUACUGAAGAAGAUAUGAGAAAUUACACUGUAGAACAGCUUGAAGUAUUGAAAACAAAAUAUAAACAAUGGACAGUGGUCAGCUUGCCACCCCCAGCAGGUGGAGUUCUUGUGGCUUUAAUCCUUAAAAUGGUUGAUAAACUAGGAUGGAAUGAAAAGCAAUAUGAUGAUAGCCUUACCUACCAUCAACUCAUUGAGAGUUUCAAGUUUGCCUUUGCCCACAGAGCUUUACUGGGUGAUCCUAAUUUCAAUUCUAGUAUGCAACAAAAUGUAGAAGAGCUUUUAAAUGAUGAAUUUGUUUCAAAACUUGUAAAUAAAAUUGAUAACAAUAAAACUCAUUCUGAAUCAACAUAUUAUGGCCCAUUCCUGCCUGGCCAAAGUGCUGGAACAUCGCAUGUUUCAGUUAUUGAUUCUUCUGAGUUGAUGGUGUCUAUUUCUCUAAGUAUGAAUAACAAUUUUGGCAGUAAAACAUUACUUGAAACAACAGGAAUUUUGCUGAAUGAUGAACUCCUCAAUUUUGACCUUAUUAAUUUAACUUCUGCUAAUGGGAUAGCACACGGAAAAAGACCUCUGUCUAGCAUGAGUCCUACUGUCAUCUAUGAUGAAGAACAUCCCUGCAACUAUAGACUAAUAAUUGGUGGUUCUGGUGGAUUGAAACUUACUACAGGUCUGACUCAAUCAAUUAUUAAUGCAAUUGAUUUCAAAAUGAACAUUUCUAAAGCAAUAAAUAGGCCAAGGAUUCACAAUGAAUUAGAUCCGACAACAUUUUAUGAAGAUGGAAUCCCUCAGUCAGUUCUUGGUGAACUUAAAAUUAAAGGUCACAAUUUGAUGAAAUUUUCACUGCAAGAAACUUCAAGCAUAAUAGCUUUGCAGAAAAUCAAUGAUGAAAUUCAAGCAAAUGCUGACUACCGAAAGAAUGGAGGAACAGCUGUAUAUUAAUUUGACUUCACAUAUUAUUGUAAAGAUAUGUAUUAUAGUUGGGAAUUUUUUAUUUUUUUAUUAAGAGAAAGUGCACCAGAGUUUUUUGUUAUUAAAAAAUUUGCAGUGCUCUUCUAAUUUAAUUGUUAUUCAUAGAGAAUACAAAAAAAAGCAGUUUAAAUAUUGUUAAAUGUCAGAAAAAUCCAUCAAUCCUAAGGCAUUUUUUUAAUAUGCAUUAUUCCACUUUUUAAAUAAGUGAUUAGUUUAAAUUGUGCAUGAUCCACAGAAUGCUUUUUAAUUUUUCUCCAUACUUAAAGAGGGAGGUGGUGGUAAGAAUGUUCUAUUUUUUUUAUUAUUUGAAAAUAAUUCAUAUUUAUUGUUGACAAAAUUUAAUUAUUAUAAACAUUGUAAAAUUUUAAUGUGAUAAUUGUAUAUACAUUUCAAGAGAAAGUUAUAAACAUUUUACCAACAAAUUUUAAAAAUUAAAUAAAUGCUAAAUUUUUAAAAGCCAAAAUUAGUUGAUUUCUUAGAUUAUUGUUCAAAAUAUCUAUAAAUAAUUGUAACUCCCAAAAUUUUAAACCAAUCUUAUAAGAUAUUGCUCUGAAGGAUUUCUGGGUAGCUGAUAUUAUUUUUAUCUUUUAAACAAAGAAUUAUUUAUUCUGAUUUUCAAACUGCAAUUACUCAAAAACUCCCAAUAUGUAAAAUUCCUAUGUUUGAUAAUCAUUAUUAUUUAUAUUGUUUGGUACUUUUGUCAUGAAUGGAGCUGUGUUAUUAUAAAACUGGAGUAUUCCACUUUUCAACUAUACUAUUUCUUUGAUCAGAGCUAUUAAAAUACUUUUAUCAAUGGUGUGAAUAUGUUCUAAACUGUAAGAAAAACUUUCAGAGUAUCAAGCAAUAGGAAUUAUCAAUUUUUUUUUUUUUUCUUACCACAUUCAAGGCAUAAUCCAAAAAUGUUUCAAAAUCCAGAUUUUUAAAGCUUUCUCUUUUAUUGCACACAUCUUCUUAGCAUUUAUUAGAUAACAUAAUCAUAACACCUCUAGUGAUUAGAUUAUCUUGACAUUUUAAAAUACUAUUUUAGGGUUUAUUAUUUAUGUACUUACUUGUUUCAAUUGUUAUGAUUCCCACUUAAAUAAACUUAAUUAAAGAGCUUACUUUAUUGGUAUGUUUACUCCAAUGCAUUUAGACAUUGAAUUUGUGGCUGAUGUAAAAUUUAGUAUACAUUAAAUAAAACGGAAGUGAUCUCCUUUAAAC